UUUUUAAUAUCCUGUUAUGAAAAAUGUUGCAUCAUCAAAAUAAAUGUACUCCGUACGACAGCACAGCAAAGCCGAGUAUUUACUAGAUAAUAUGGAAACACUGUGUUACCCAACAUUUGAUUGAAAUGAUAAAUCGUCAGUAUAAAUGGAAGUAAAAAUAAUUCAAAGCCAGUUGUGGUUGAGCUCUUUAGAAAGAACGCUAUCUAUAUCUUGCACGCAUUUUGCUCUUCCUUCGAUAACGAUGUAUUCGAGACUGUUUUGCCUCAUUCUGAUAUGCCUGACGUUCAAAGAAAAUUCACUCGUAAGUGGAAAAUCCAUCGCGGAUGAUACGAAUCCAUCAGAGAAAGUAAUCCAAAUUCCAAUUUACGAUUGCGAAGACGUUAUAAAUAACAGUACGAGUACAUUCAAGAUCAAGGUCGAGCUGCCACGAAAUCAUUCAAAAAAAUGCACUUGGGGUAUCAAGGCACCAGAAGGUCAUUCGGUUCAGAUUUCUUCCUUUGAAGUAUACAAUGACUCUGCGCCCUUGAGAUCAGCGCCAAUAGAAGACGGCAUCGAGGUACUAGUUUUCGAUUACGAUGCAGUUUACGUACAGGCAAUCACAUCCAUAACGAGGAUUUUUGGAGACUACUUGAGAAUUGCUGUCGAUUACAAUCAUCAGAGGAGGACGCAUCGCGAUGCCAAUCUUGCGCUCCUUUUUACCAUUAAAUAUAUUGACUAUUCCACUAAUCUGGAAUAAUAGAAAUAAAUUAUCAUCCAACAACAA